AUGCUAGAAGAGUUAGCAAGUUUCGAGCUUAGUAGUACCUUAGCGGUUAAUCAACCGCUUCCAGGGGAACAAGUUAUGCCUCCCGCUCUUCCUGUUAUGCAGGAAGAUGCUAAUCAGGCUCACCUUGUCGUCCCCUAUCCUUAUCAAGAAAAUGAAAUCAUAGGGGGAGAUAGUGUGGAAUCCAUUGAGCCGAGCCUUUUGGGGAGAUUCUUCUCUCCUUCCGCCCAUGAGAUACAUAUUGCCCAGAUUCAAGCUGAAGACCUAUUUGAGGUCAAGGUGGAUAUCAUACGGGUCAUGGUGGGUAUUCACCCAAAUAGGGAUUGGAUGGGAUGGAGGGCGCGUGCCUUGGAUAAUCCGCGUACCGCCACACGGGGGGAGUCCUAUCAAAUACUACAUCAAAUGCUUGACGACCUACAAACUGGGGGUUGGCAAUCUGCAACCUUCCGGCUGUUAGUCGAAAGAGUGCCCCUACGGGCAGGUGAGGAUCAACACUCUGCCACCUAG